CUAUGUGUGUCUACAGUGAACGAGUUUUAAAAGAGUAUAAUAUCUGACUAACUAUUAAAGAUUGUGUCAUUCAGUUUUUAACUUGGAAAAAAUCACUGCAAAGCAGUAAAAUCCUACUCUCGAAAGGUAAAUAAGCAACUUGAUCAAAAUGUGGUACUUCUUUGGGGUAAUGUGGACGCUAAUUGCGAUUUGCCAAGCCCAAGAGAUUUCAGCUCCGUAUCAGAUCUCAAUCCGAUCAAACGAAACUGCUAUCGUGGGGAAUGCAACAGUAGGUGGGCAAUUAACAAAUAUAUGUAGUGGCGUGAUUAUCAAGGCGGAGUACAUUCUAACCACAGCAGGUUGUACCUAUAUUCAAGAUAAACUAACGAAUUUAAGCCGGGUUAUCCAUCCUAAUGAAAUCUCUAUCUAUGCCGGAUAUAUUAGUUUAGGACGAAUAUCCUUUGGCAAUCAUGAAAGCGUUCAGCGAAAUGUAAUAUCCGUGAUACCUCACCCAAAGUACAAUUCAACGACACUAGAAAACGAUAUCGCGCUACUCAAGCUCGACCGCCCACUGCCACUGCACAAUUCAACCGCGGUCCAGUGGAUAGAGCUCCAGCAGCCCCAGAGAACCUCGUUUGCACACAGUAACAAUGUUAAUGAAAACUGUUUUACAAACGUUUAUAACAACUCGGUCGGGGCACUGAAUUAUCCUUUCACUCUGGUCAGUAAUGUCAGUCACGUAGACGCCAAAUUUUGCUCUGACCACCAUCGAGAGCUUAAAUUUAAUGAAAGUUGCUGGGAAUAUCGAUUAAAUGGUAUCAACAUUUGCCAGUCGGAUCCGGCGGCGCUACGGCGGAGUGAAGACCGAGGCACCGCGAUAGUGUGCAACUUCAAAUUAGCGGCCAUAUUGGCGGAAAUAAAUCCACCCGCCAAUCCCCAAAGCUGCAACCAGAUAAAAUACACCACUGCGUUCUACACUCCGGUAGAAUUCUAUCGCGAGUGGAUCGAGAAUGAAAGCGGUUCCCUGUACAGCGUCGGAUUUCCUGGAGCAACUGGUACCGUGUUUAGUGGUACUUCCAGCAGUGGUGGUGCAAUCCUGCCACCAAACCCAAGCAAAGCCCCAGCGAACCCAUGGACCGAAUCGCACAACCCAGAGGCACCGUCAAACACCAAACCGUCAGGAAAACGGUCCUCGGCAGUAACAAUCAGCGACCCGGGAAUCGUAUCAAAACUAAUUCCCUUUAAUUUAUUCAUUGCCUUCGUUUAUGGAUUCCACUGGUGCUGAAAAAAGCGUCAAUGAAAUGAAAACCUUCACACCCAUCGUCGCAUUGGAACCGUGCCACCUGAAACCGCAUCAUACGGCAAGCAAUUUUUCACCCGCCAGCAGUGUAUGCAAUAAAUUGCUCCCUAUGCCUCAUGCAGACGAACGUCUGUGAAAAUGAAUAUACUUUUUAA